CAUUAAUAUGAUUGAGAUGCAUGACCUUCUUGCUGACUAGUAGGCAUCACAAGCAACAGGAGGCAAAACUUCAGUUUCUGGAAAUAAAUGUGGAUUCGGUCAACUUAUACUGAAAGUUCAUAUUACAUACUACAGUAAUGUACCGGUAUAGAACGCGGAAAUUGACAUGUGGGUUUGAGGUAAUUUCUAAGUUUAAAUUAUUGAGCAACAUUCCAGUGUAUUACAUUCUUGCUCGCGGUUAAGUUCUCGGUCGAUGGAUAUUAGUUCCUCUGGUGUCAUUGCGUGUUUCUGAUUCGAAACGCCCCAAACGCGAAGCGGUCCAGUGCGCCACCCAUCGGUAUCAUCGUCGACGCCAUAUCGUGCGUGUCGAACGACAGCGGAACGCUUUCUAUGACGACGUUCGGUUUGGCUUCAAGAGCCGGAACGACGAUUUCGGACCAUCCGUAUCGAUCGGUAACCUGCACAAUCCAUAUCUGGACGGAUGGAUUUUUGCGGAGCAAUGCAUCCAGCACAGUGACCAACGCGGUGGCGGUUUCAUGGGUGUAGGCAAGCUCGCUUCCGAUGACGACAUCCGCGGCUAGGAGUUGCCCUCCCUGUGAAUUUGCGUCAGGGUUUGCAACGUCUUUGUUAUCGUUCUUGUCGAUGCCAUUGUCGUCGCCGCCGUUGCUCCCACCGAGAUCCCAAUCCAGGUGUUCGACUCUAAUCGAUUGCAUGUUUCCCGGCGUUUUGUUCUCGCCACCCGCAAGGACAAUCUUUCCCGAGCGAAUAUUGGAUUGGACAUUCGCUUCGAGCUGCUUCAGGAGUGUCGCAUCAUUGUCGGUAAGGGUCACGGUCCAAGAUGGAACUCGUGUCGGUUGCUGAGAAAGCGCAACGGCAAAGGAUAUCCCUGAAAGCCCCACGGCACCGCUUCCCAGCUCUAAGACGCGAAUGGAUUUCGGUUCUUCUGCCUGCGUGCUGCCGUGAUUGUUGUUUUCUCCCAUUGCUACUGAUAUUUCACCUUGUAAAAUCAGGCUUGUCAGCAAAGCGCUAGAAUACCAAGCAUGGUCACCAACGGGUGACCAUAUUCCGUCUUCGGGAGGAAGCUGCGCCAAUUCCAAUGUCACGGAACUAUUCGGCAGAGAAUAUUUCGUAACUUUCCCGCCAAGUAGGUCUUGGUUUGCGUUUUCGACAACGUCGUCGUCGUCGCUCAACGAAAAGAGUUCACCCGCUCUCCCCGUGGCAUCAUGAUUCAGGGCAAUUUCCCAGAAGGCAUCUUCGACUGGAUCUCGUCGAACAGUACCAUCUUUGUCGGAGCGCGACAUCGAUUGUACUCUGCUAGAGCUCGGUGUACGAUAGGACUGCGAUUGAGCCCCAGCACAGGUGAGUAUCAGUCCCACUUUGAGUGUGAAUUAGACGCAGGACCUACCGUACUUGCCAUGUGCAUCCCUCCGGGACUGAAUGCUAUGUCCAACUCGACUUCCCUGCCCUGGAAUCAACGUAGACCAACUUUCAUCGAGAAUAUUCCGCUAAUUCCAACGGAUCAAACAAAGGCAGAGCCCUCUUUCGAUCGAAAGGAAUUUACGACAGAACUUCGCAGUCGGGAUUCGGCAGCGGAAGAUAGAUCCCUGUGGUUCGUUGGUCAUGGGAGUUAUUCGACAUGCAAAGAGAAAUCGGAGUAGCACUUUCCACUUGCUGUUGUCACGUAUACUUCGUUACGUUGUCCCUUGGUUUUGCUGUUCUGGUCGCAACGGUCAGAGUUAUUUAUCAAGCCAGCAACGUUCUAACGGUUGCCGUAUGCUCUUGGUACUAAAUAGGAAUGACUGACGCAAGCAGAAUUUUGUUGUCAGUCCAUCUAUCAACUCUGAAUGACGGGUGAACGAUGAACGAUGAACGAUGAACGAUCAUUGCAAAUUUGACAGUUUAUUGUUUAUUGUCAACAUCGGAAAUCUAUUCCUUUUCCCACAACCGUUCAUCUCGGGCUUGAAUGACGCAUCCGAUGUCAUUGGAGUUUCUGAUGUCUUAUUGGCCAAUGAUAUAUCAGUAUUCUAUUUUUGAUGACGCAUGAAAAAUAAUAAUUAAAAACCACAGCGAUCACCAACUUUUACUUAUAAUUUACAAUAUGUCCGAACUGAGCGAAGAAAGAACAUUGGCGAAAUCUUUCUCAACGGUACGCUGUACAAUCUUUUAUCGACAAUUAAGGUUACAAAGUAACUUGACAUUAAAAUCAAGAGUCCAAAGCGCCAUGAACCUUUCGUUUUAUCAACGAAAAAAAUGAAUCUUCGAUGGAAACGGAUGGUUGCGAUUCUCCAAAAUGCUACAGUAGUACUUCUACUAAAUAUCGAAUAUGCUGAGAAAAGUAGGCGAUGACUUCCGAAAAAAAUAGCAGAAGAUAGACCAUGUGGCAAUGACUUUCUUUCCUGCACGAUAAAAGGUAUUAAUGCGGUAUUACCUUCAACUGUAACUAUCAAAAGAAAACGUUUGACCCUAAAUUAAAACUACUUCUUACUU